AUGAAAUCCGCCGUUUCUCUCCUCGCCCUCGCGGGUGCGGCUUCUGCUGCCGACCUGCCUUCCAUCAUCGCCAAGGGCAACAAAUUCUUCUACCCCAACGGCACUCAGUUCUUCAUGAAGGGUAUUGCCUACCAGCGUGAUAUUGGUGCUGCCGGCGCUAAAUCCGACCCGACCGCCAAGUACAUGGACCCUCUCGCCGACAAGGACGCCUGCAAGCGCGAUGUCCCUUACCUUCAGGAUCUCAACAUCAACAUUAUCCGAACCUACGCCAUUGAUCCCAAGGAGGACCACUCGUACUGCAUGGGCCUUCUCCAGGAUGCCGGUAUCUACGUCGUCUCUGAUCUCUCGGAGCCCGCCACCUCCAUCAACCGCGAUGACCCCCAGUGGAACACGGAGCUCUUUGACCGCUACAAGGCCGUUGUCGACGAGUUGAGCAAGUACCCCAACGUUGUUGGUUUCUUUGCCGGUAACGAAGUCAGCAACUCUGCCAACAACACUGGCGCCUCCGCCUACGUCAAGGCCGCCGUUCGCGACACCAAAAAGUAUAUCAAGGACAACAGCAAGCGCUGGAUCGGUGUCGGCUACGCUGCCAACGAUGACAAGGACAUUCGCAAAGAAAUUGCCGACUACUUCAACUGUGGCAAGUCUGAGGAAUCCAUCGACUUUUGGGGCUACAACAUCUACUCCUGGUGCGGCAAGAGUGACAUGCAAAAGUCUGGCUACGACCAGCAGGUCAAGUUCUUCCAGGACUUCAGCGUUCCCGUCUUCCUUGCCGAGUACGGCUGCAACCUGCCCAACGGCGCCAAGGGACGUAUCUGGGAGGAAACCGAGGCUCUAUACAGCAAGGAGAUGACUGAUGUCUUCAGCGGUGGUCUCGUCUACAUGUACUUCCAGGAGGAGAAUGACUACGGUGUCGUUGAAAUCAAGAACGGCAAGGCUGUGGAGCAGGACGAUUACGACGGCCUGAAGAAGGCUCACGCUGCUGCCGACCCCCAGGGCGUCGCCAUGGACAAGUACACUCCUUCCGGCAAGGCUGCUCAGUGCCCCGACGUCUCCAAGGCUUGGCAAGCUGCUGCUCAGCUUCCUCCUACCCCCGACAAGGAUCUCUGCAAGUGCAUGGCCGACUCUCUCGAAUGCGUCGUCUCUGAUGACCUGAGUGUGAAGAGCUAUGGUGACCUCUUUGGCAAUGUCUGCGGUGCCAACCAGAAGACCUGCGCUGGCAUCAACGGCGUUACCAAGCUCGGCAACUACGGUGCCUACAGCAUGUGCUCUCCCAAGGAAAAGCUCUCCUAUGUCCUCGAUGCCUACUACCGGGCUAACGGCAAGUCCUCUGAUGCUUGCGGCUGGAAGGGCGCCAAGCUUCAGAAGGGUAGCACCGCGUCCAACUGCCAGAAGAGCCUCAGCGACGCCAAGAACCAGAACAAUGCUAUCGCCACUGCCACCAGCAACGUUGCUGCUCCCACGUCGAGCGGCGGUAGCAGCAGCGGUGGCAAGAAGGAGAACUUUGGCGUUCGCACUGCUCCCUCUGGCGUCCUUGCUGCUGGUGUUGUCGCCAUGGCUGCCCUGCUUGCUCUGUGA